AUCAUAUAUAAGCACUGCCACGCAAUGGUGGAGACAAUACUACAACCUGUCACAAGUUAGCCCCUGACUUAGCCCCAGGAUUUAGCCCAACUUCCUGCGGAAGACCUUUCAGCAUCGCCCCUAAAAUUACACACACAGGGAAAAAGUGUGCACAACAUACGCACAUACAAGUUUUGCCUGCAGUGAUCGUAAAUGACAGCGGAGUGCUGUCGGCCCACGCUGUCGGCCUUGAAAAUGAGACGCUUCCUGCUUGCUGCGAUUUUAGCUAUGUGGUUGAGCACUACAGGCGUGGUCGGACGCAAGUCUCCGCCGUCACCAACCCCCUCCCCGCUGCGGUCACCUCCGUCUCCCUCGCCACCGCCGUCCGCCAACCAGGUCCUCAUCUGGUCCGAGGAGUUUAGCCCCUGCGCCGCUGGGACCCCCAACUGCAACAACGGUCUGAACACAGCAAUUUGGCAGUACGACAAUGGCGACGGCUCGCAGUACACAACCAACUCCAUCACGCAGUGGGGCAACGGGCAGCUGCAGUGCAACUCGGAUGCCAGUGAGAACGUGCGCGUGGAGAGCGGCGUGGCGGGCGCCGACGGCGGCGUGCUGACCAUCAAUGCGGUCAGCAAGCCCGUCACCUGUGGGAUCACCAACAGCUACGGCAGCAGCUGGACCAGCGGCCGGCUCAUCAGCCGCGGCGCCAAGCCCUUCAUGUACUCGGACCCCUCCACACCCAUCAAGAUUAAGGCACGCAUGCGGGUGCCGCUGCGGGCGUCGUCGCAGCCGCUCAUUGCCCUGCUUCCCAACACCGCACGGACGGACUGCCUGGGGUGUGGCGACUUUGCUGACGGCUGGUGCGCCAAUGGACAGAUGGAUUUGAUGAACAUGAUGGGCGGCGACGGCCGUGUGCAGCAGCGCAUCUACUCGGGCGGAGACAACCCGAUCUACUGGCAGGGUUGCAGCACGCUGCCCGCCACGCCGGUCGCCGCCAGCCUGGCCUCAGCGGGGCAGGCCGGCGGCACGUCGCGCUGGUUCACCGUCAGCGUGGUAUGGGGCCCCACCCGCAUAUCCACCUUUGUGGACGGAGUGCAGACCUCAUCCAUUGACUCCAGCCAGUGGUACACGGGCUGGGCCAGCAAGGCUGCCCUGCCGUACGCCCCGUACGACCGCGCCUUCUACAUGGUGCUGACGCUGGGCAUCUGCGGCUACGGCGGCUGCACGGCGCCCUCCGACACCAGCACCAUGACCAUGCAGGUGGACUGGAUCCGGGCCUACGACAUGACGCCGGCGUCCGCGCCGGCGCCCUCGCCGCCCUCGCCGCCCUCGCCGCCCUCGCCGCCCUCGCCGCCCCCGCCGCCCUCGCCGCCCUCGCCGCCGCAGCCCACCGGCGGGCCGCAGCUGCGCUGGAUCGAGGAGUUCAGCCCCUGCACCACUGACAACUGCUUCAACGGCCUGGAUACGGACCGCUGGGGCUUUGAGUCCGGCGACGGCUCCCAGUACGGCAUUACGCAGUGGGGCACCUUUGAGAACACGUGCUACUUCAACACCAGCAAGGAAGUGCGCGCGGAGAACAUCAUUGACGGCGGCGUGAGCCGUAGUGUGCUGACCAUCAACGCGUGGAACACCAAGGCCAGCUUCGCAUGCGGGACGUCCCGCACCACCACCCGCAGCGCCCGUAUGCUCUCUCGCAACAAGGCCGCGUUCCGCUACCUGGACGCCAACACGCCACUGCUGAUCGAGGCGCGCAUGCGGGUGCCGCUGGUUGCCUCCGCCUGGCCGGCCUUCUGGAUGCUUCCCGACACGCCGCGCACCAACUGCGUGGGCUGCUCCGCGUAUGGAGACGGCUGGUGCAACGGCGGCGAGAUCGACAUCAUGGAAACCAAGAACGGCGACGGCAUUGUGUCCCAGACUUUGCAUUUUGGCGGCGGCAGCGGCGCGAACUAUUACGUUGGUUGCAACUACAUCACCCGCCAGCUGAGCCCCGCCUACAGCACCGCGGGCACGGCCGCCGGUAUGUCGUCCUGGUUCACUGCGCAGCUGGAGUGGGGCGCAGGAUACUUCAAAUUCAUGAUCGACGGCGUCACUGUCAGCUACCUGUCACAGUCGCCCUCCCCCACGUGGUACACGGGCGCCGUACCCACGUCCACCAACCCGCUGGCGCCCUUUGACAAGCCCUUCUACCUCAUUGCCAACCUGGCGGUGUGCGGCAACUUCGUGGGACAGCCGUGCACGCCUGCCGACUCCACCUUCCAGAUUGACUGGAUUAAGGUGUGGGACCUGUUCCCUUGAAGUGGCAACGGAUGUCGUGGUAAGGGGUAUUGCAACAGCUUACCAGCGUGGGCUCGCGGGGGUCCGGGGGGAGGCAAGGUACCGCCGUACCGGUAGUGUGAUCGAGCGCAUGGCAAGUGGAGAGGAAUGCGUACGGGCAGUCAUUGGGAACGGGUGCCUGGAGCGAAGACGCCGUAUGGUGAUCUGCUUGAGUUUGGCGCGUGGUGACGUGCGUACGGUAGUAGAGCGGAGGAGGGCUGGCACAGGAGGAGGCAAUGGGCAGGAGGGCUUACGGAGGAUGCAAUCAUGCAACCAGGUACGGUUGCGGUUGCGUCCUAUUCAUGUUUGCGUCCUAUUCAUUUUGUGUCCUAUUCAUUUCAAGUUUUCGAGCUCGUGAUGCAGACGGUGGUUGCGGUUGCAAGGAGCACAUGAGAUUACGGCAGGAGGUGCGUAAACUGUGAUGAAGGCAAGUAUCGCAUAGUGACUAUGUGUGCGAAGCAAAUGCCAUGCAGGCGUGCAUAGAUCGGUGCAUGGCAUGAUUCAUUCUUUGCUCGUAGAGACGAUUCUGUA